AAAUUAUUCUAAUAAAGGAAUUAAUUUCUAACCAUUUUGAUAACAUUCAUUCCCUUGUGUUGUAAUAAUAAUGAAGGCGGAUUUACUUCUUUGGGCACAAUUAUUCACCUCAUCAACUAAGGAAUUAUCACCAGAACAAUUAACUGAUGGAUUAUUAUUGAAUACAAUAUUUGGGAUAAUUGAUGAAAGAAUCACUCCAGAUGAUCGCCUGUGUGGAAAUGUAAACUGUGUAAAAGAUCGUUUAAACAAUUGGAAGAUAAUUGUACAGAAUUUGAGGAAUUAUUAUUUGGAAGUUCUACAAGAGGUGAUUACAAUUCGUCCACCAAAUAUUGUACUCGUCAGUAAAUUACCCGAUUCUGCUCAGUCUUAUCAAGAAUUGGAAAAGAUUCUGCUAUUCUUGUUAUGCGCAGCUGUACGAUGCGAUAGACGUGAUUAUUUUAUUCGUCAAAUUAUGGAUAAUCUGCAUCCAGAUGUUCAAACUGGUAUUAUGACAUGCAUAAAAGAUGUUACUGAAAGUUCGGCUAAUAUUAUAAGUUUCGAGAAAUUACGAUCAUCAGAUACUGAUAUUUUGCAUACCUUUCGAUCUGUUAUCAAUCAAAUCGAAGACGUCUACUUAGAGGAAAUUAUUCAAUUACUAGAUGAGUUAGCAUCAUUACAGAAUAAAAUUAUCACCUUACAAGCAAGAUAUCAACUAGUUUCACGAUCUAGAACAUUGGGGUCAAGUGGAUUAAAAGAACGUUCAAUUUCUACAAUAUCACUUGGAGUUGAUAAUAUCAAUAAUAAUAGUAGUAAUUUUGCUGUCUCUACGCCUAGACUAGAUGAACAAACCUCAGUGUUGCGUAAAAAAUCAGAUAUUAUUCAUAUCACGAAUAAAAGUGAUUUAAAUGAAUCUUUAAUAUCAACCAAUGAACAAUUCAACGAAGUGAGCAUUGAAGAUGACAGUAAGAUGAUGAAUUCAUCAAUCAUCAAUCAAAGUAAUAAAACAAGUGAACCUGUAGAAAUGAGUCAAAUCGAUUCAGUUUUAGAAGUGGAGACAAAUGAAUUAGAAUCAAUACGUUCUGUAUAUCCUACAGAUGGGAUUACACCUGAAAUCCUCAUGAUGGAUAUGGAUAAACAUCAUUUAUCAGUGGAAUUGGCUGAGACUAAAGCAAAAUUACGUCGGGCUCAUAUUGAAAUUGAAGAUCAAGCUGACCAGUUAGUUGAAUUACAAGAUCAUUUAUUUGAAACACGUCGUGAAUUAAGUCAAGUGAAAGAAGAACGUGCUCGGCUAGCUGAUGCAGCGCAUACAGCAAGACAUUGGCAAGAUGAAGUUGACGCUUUAAAACAAACUGCUGAACGUGUUAUUACCUUAGAAGCAGAAAAUGAAAAACUCAAGGAAAGAUUACAUGAAAUUGACUAUUACAAGGCUAGAUGUCAACAGCUUACUGAAGAUUUACAAAUCCUGUCGAAUGAACAUUCAGAAUGGGCAGAUAAAGCAGAAAUUACACAUGCUUAUCAUUAUAAAAUUACAGAUUUAGAAAAAGAAUUGAAUAAAACACGACAUCAAUUAACAGAGACUGAAAAUGCACGUAAUUCAGAUUUAGACUUGAUUAAAAAUCUUCAAGAAGAAUUAGGCAAAUUGAAACUUGAACAUUGUACACAUACAAAAUUCGUGAAUUCAACUAAAAAAUCAAUUCAUCUGAGAGAGAUAAUCUCUCAUACAGAUUUACAUCAAAAUAAAAAUUGUAAUGGUGAUAAAAAUGCUCAAGAGCGUCGAAUCUCGUUUGAUGCAGGCGACGAAGACUUAGAUAUUACCGGUGCCAACAAAUUGGAAACGAAUAGUUUAAACGUUAGUCUAUCGGAUCAAUUAUCUGAAUCAGUAACUAAUCGGUUAAAUCAUUUAGAGGAGGUGAAUCGUCGAUUAAACAAAGAACUUGAAAUGACUAAAAGUUUAUUGACUAAAGCUCAGUCUGUUAAUGCUGAUAAUAUUGAAACUGAAGCAUCACUGGCUGAAGCUAAACGAGAAAACCAAUUGUUAACUAAUAAGCUUGAACGACUUGAAACUGCUAUUUCUGCUCAAGCUGAACGUCUAUGUCAAUUAGAUUUAGAAAGAAUGAAUUUUGAAACAGAUGCACGAAAAUCACGUGAAUUAUUGAAUACAUUUAAAGAAACUUCAGAAAGGCAUAUUAAUGAGUUAUCACGUGAAAAUGAUUAUUUAACUGAGACAAUUAAAAAUCUACGAGGUAAAGCUGUCAACGAGAUAUCCUCAGACGAGAGAAUAGCUCGUUUAGAAAAAGAGAACAGUGUACUCGGUGAAUCUGUACAGAAUAAUGUAACAAGUUUAGCACGAGCUGAAUUAGAAAUCAGCCAAUUACGUCAUCGUUUAAGUAGAGCAGAUGAAUUGUGUAAAUCUGUUGAUUUGUUAACAGAAGAACGUAAUCAAUUGAGCGCUGAACUAGGAGCAGCUAAACGUGAAAUUGCAGCACUCAAAGAAGCCUGUUUAAAACAAACAGAUGUGGAAAUAGCUCUUGUAGCAGCUGAAGGCAAUUGUGCUCGUUUACAAACACAAUUAUCGGCUAUACGAACUGUAUGCGAAAAUUCAACAAAUAUGGAAAGCGAAGUUAUAAGGCUAAGACAAAUUGAAAAUAAAUGUGAACAAUUACAGAAUGCCUUAUUUACUGCUAUUCAGAAGACAGCUCAAGUUGAAAUAGAACGUGACAACUUAUCAAGUCGUUUGAAUACGCUACAACAAAGUUUACAAUCAUCACAGCGAUUAUAUGAUUCAGAAGAUGAUCAAGCGGAUGAUGAAGAAGGCGGUACUGUCGACUUACAAGAUGAAGAAGCUGACAGUGGUAAUAAAACAGGUGAUUCAACUGAAGAAACAUCCCCCGAAUGCUUAGGUGUAUCAAGACUACGCAGAAAAACAAUCAGUAUGCCACCGAAUUCACGUCAUCGUGAUCGACGUAGAAGAGGUGGAUAUGUUAAUUAUGAAGUAGAAUUGAAUAAAAUGGAUUCAGAAAUUAAACGUUUAGAAGUAGAACGAGAUACUUUUCGUAAAAAUUUCGAAGAAAUUAAAGCUAAAUUGGCUAGUGAAGAAUCAGCGCAUGAAUCUGCUAUGAAAGAAUCAGAUGAACGUGCAAAACAACAAAUAUGUCAGCUAGAAUCAGAAAUAAAUCAUUUAAAGGCUUCACUUCGAUCAUCGGAUCAAGAAGUACGUAAACUACGUAGAGAAUUAAGAGAAUCUGAACCAGAUCAAAAUUUAUCUGAUGCAGUAGAAAAAGUGAAACAGUUAGAAUCACAAAUUUUAAAAUUAAAUAGUACAAUUAAACAAAAUGAAAGUCAGCUGCACGAUAGUGAACAACAACGAAAUGAAUUAUGUCAACAGGUUAAUAUUGAACAGAAAACAGUAUCAGCGUUGCGUAAUGAAUUGAUCAUGGAGAAAAUUCAAUUACAAAAGCGUACUUCAGAAUUGAAAUGUAUUCAAGUAGGCUUUGAGAAAUAUGGACUACCAAAAGAUUGGCUGGUUGAACUAAGCUCAAAAGAAAACUCGAUGGAACAAACUAAAUUAUUAGACGCAUUCAUAAAAAGUUUCAUCAACCAAUUGACUAUUGAUAUAAAUAAUAAAAAUGAAGAAAUUGAUCUUAUUAAACAACAAUUGAAUAGUCUUCAGGUAAAAAAUUCUGAAUUACAGAAUCAACUGAAGGCUAAAAGUCAGAAAAUAGAAGAAUAUGAGAGAUCACGAACAACAUCUGCUACUGACAUUUCUACAAAAGAGAGCUCUGUGAUUUUAGUACAACUAAAAGAUCGUGUCAUUGAACUUGAGCGUGAAAAUGCUAGACUUGGUGAAGCCUUACAAAAUGAAAAUGAACGUGCUGAGAAUAUUAAAGCAAAUAAUCAAAAUUUAGAAAGUCGUAUUAGUAAUUUUCAGGAACAAUCUGUAUCAGUUCAAAGACAGCUAGCUGAAUUAAUUGGUACAAAUGCUCGUUUACAAGUGGAAAAUACUACACUGCAUAGUCAAGUGGAUAGUUUCCAAGGUCAAAACUCUAGUCUGUCUACACGUAUAAGUGAACUUGAAUCUGAAAUUCAUCAUUUAUCAGCUGUACUAGAUACAAUGCACACUUCAAAAUCUCAACUGACCAAUGACUAUGAACACUUACAAUGUUUACAUGAAAAGCUAACACAAGAUUAUGAACAGCUGACGGAUACCUUGAAAACAUCAAAAGAAUCUCAACGUCAGCUGAAAUCAGAACUACAGUCAACUAGCGAACAAGUGAAUAAAUUACAGACUGAAGCAAAUGAAGUCCAGAGACUAAAAGAUGCUUUAGAACAAGAAAGAGGCAGUUUAAAAGGUGAAGUUAGACAAAUUGUUCAACUAAGAGAAGAAGGCGCCCGCCUUCAAGCUGAAUUAAAUUCUCUGAAUGAAAUAUUAAAUCGUGAACGACAUGAAAAGAGUAAUGCCUUAGAACGUGUACGUGAGAUACGUCGUCAAUUACAGACUAGUGAAAAUAGAAUUGAACAGUUAACUAAUGAGCUACAAAAAUAUCAAAAAUUAGAACAAACCUUACAAAAUGAAAUGGAAAGUUUAAAAACACGAUUGCAAAUGCUGACAGAACUUAGUUCAAAGUAUGAAAAAGAAAAUAAAUCUUUACUUAGUCAACUUCAAAACUUAUUAAAUCAAAAUCAAGAGAUUUUAGCAUCUACAUUGAAAAGUUGCGAAAAUCAUGUCAAUCAAGAAGGUGUAUUGAGAGAACGUUUGCUAUCAAUGCAUCGACAGAAACAACAACUUGAGGAAAAAGUUAUGGAACAGUAUCGAAACGGUUCAUCGUCUAAAAGUGAUCUAACUAAUCAACUUCUUUUGGAAAGUCAAAGACGUUUAACACUCAUUCAAAGAGCUCGAGCUGCGUUGCAUAAGCGUCAUCCACUUCAUGGCCAUCUGCAUGACUCUGAAUACAAUAGAGGUAAUCCAGGUUACAAUACAAUGUCUACACUGCGUUCACAAGUAUCUUGGUUAAAUGAUAGUCAAAGAUCAAUACCAACGAGUGGAUUGACAUCAACUCUUCAUCGUUAUGAUAAUAAACGUCUGAUACCUGGUUCUGUGUCAAUUUAUGAUCGUGAUCCAGAUGAACAGAAUCAUGAUGCAUUGAAGCAAUUCUUAAAGUAUUUAAAUGAUUCAAGUGGAGCAGGAGAUGUACGACCCAAUUCAGCUGUUCCAAGUCAAACAUCCGAUUAUAAACAACCUGUUAAUAGUAGUAGUAGUGGUAAUCAUGAAUUCCUACUGCCUAUGCGACCGAAUUCAGGUGGUUUAACAAUGAACAAUAGUCCAUGCACAGAAAAACGAUCAGCAUCACGACUUAGUUCAGAUCGUUUCAUCACAGAACCAUCACAACGUAUGGAUUCACCAGUAUCCGGUCGAUCAUCAUAUUCAAGUUCAAGUGGUUUAAAAUCUCAGACAACUUCACAAAUUCAUCAUUUUCCAUAUCGAAUUGACAAGGAUAUGCUGAAUAAUAAUACGCGUAAUUUAACAGAUAUUAGUAAUAGUAGUAUGAAUGAAAAGAAAUCAAACUUGCAUAACUCAAUAAAUGGAUGGUUAGGUAACAAUGAUCUUCAUGAUCGUUCUGUAUACAGCAAUAACAGUAUAAAUAGUAAUAGUAGUCAGAAUGGACAGAAUCUUCCAUCAACUGAAAGAUGUGAGAAACAGAUCAGUGAAGUGAUACAAAUUAAAGCUACCACCACCACCACCACCAACGAUGAAUCAGAUGUUAUAAUGCAUAGACGAAUUAUAUCCGAUAUUUCAUCUAGUGUUAAUACAAAUUCACAGAAUAAUAAUAAUAGAAUCAUGUCACCAACAGAACCAGGUCUAUCGAGAUCAUCAUCAUUAUACUAUAAUGAAAUCAAUAAUCCUAUACACUUACAACGUUCAGCGAACAGUAUGGCCAGUAGUAGUAGUAAUAAUAACAUCAAUAAUAAUAAUAAUAAUAGUAAUACUUGUCAAUCUUCUACAAUAAUGAUGAACAAUUCAUUGAAAAAUUUAGGUGAUAAUAAUAAUAAUAUCUCUACUACUAACAGUGUUGGAUUGGAUGCAGACUCUACACAUUUCAAUAAUCCAAUUUAUAUUCUGCAUACAGAGAAAUAUCCUGAAUCAAAUACAACAAGACGUGAAAAAACUCAAAAGCCUGGAUUGUCAACAACUAGCAGUGUUAGCAUGAAUAACAUAAACAGUAUGGCUAGUAAUUGUUCAAAUUCUAUUCCAAUAUUUGAUUAUCAUCAUCAUAAUGGUAAUAAAACAUCAAAUUCUAAUAAUAAAUCUGCUUUAUUACGUGAACAAUUUUUCAGUUCUAUGUUAGGCGACAGUAAUACCCAACAACAUCAACCAUCUCUGGAAUCAGAAUUGUCUAGGAAACCAAAGGUUUUAUUGCAAUACGGAGAUUUAUGA